AUCGUUAUUUUCGUGGAAAUUGUGUUUGUUUUUCUUGUUUGUGGAAUUUUUAACUAAAAUAAUUAAAGUUUAUAUACAUUUUGAUUGAUUCGACAAAUCAAUUACAUGUUGUUUUAUUUUGACAAGUGUUUAACAAUCCCUGACCAUGGAUUACAAUGAUGAUUUUAGUCCGAGGCGACUUGAACAGGAAACAACUGACAUCAAACAGCGCCACCACAAUGAUAAAGAAGAUGCAGAAAAUCAUUUGGUGGGAAAUUUUCAACACGCUCUUCUAGAGGAGAAUGCAAAUAAUGAGUGGCGGCCCUUAAAUGGCCUACGCCACCAAAGCACGUACGACUACCAAGAUCAACAAAUUCGGCAACAGCAGCAACAACAACAAUACGACGGACAUGAUGCCAACCACACAGACCAUCAUGACAAUGUGUCGUCUACUUAUUAUGGCAAAACUCAAACGGACCAAGGAGGACACUUUAAUGAUAUCCUAAAUAGUAAUAGGCAAAAUGUGGAAGGUUCCCAUUUGAAAAAGGCCACACCUGGCAGCUCUUAUGAAAACAGCAAUAAAUAUGGACGUAUGCACAAUUUGCCCAUGCUAUCGGAGGACUUGCGCAUCUCUAAAAUCAUACGACGCCUGAUGAUAGAAAACAAUCGCAAGGCUGCUAUUGAUCUGUGCAAGAAAUUGGAAACUGCUGUACGCAAUCAAUCGAAUGUCACUUAUAUAUGCCGUUCAUUUGAUAUUCUGUUCGAUAAUAUGCUUACGGUGUUGCGUCAAUGCCCUAUUGAGUGCUUAGAGAAUGCCAGCUCAAUUCUGGGCAUCAUGGGCUACAUAAAUCGCUAUGAUUUUGCCGUUUAUAAGGGACACUUGGCCAAGGCUUAUGAAAACAUUAAAAGUAUACGCAAAUAUUUAAUGAUGGCUCUGAAAACUACAUUGAGAUGUGAUGCCGUUAAUCUGGAUCUAAAAACCUACAGCGAACGACUCCUUAGUCUACUCAAAGAAUAUCUCGAAAAUGCUGAAGUUUCAGAAAAUUUCAUUUCAAUCAGCGAAACUAUAGCGGAAUUUUCGAAAAAUUACAAGACAUCAUUUCAGCGUCACUUCACCGAUAUAGUUGACAUCAUUAUCGGUUGGCAUUUAGAGGUCGAACAGCCUGCAGAACUUAAACGACAUUGUGCCAAGGUUUUACAACAAUUCGCCGAAUAUUUUCUCAAUGAGUUGGAUUUUACAUUCGGUCUUUUGGGACAAUUUAUAGAAGAUAUAGAGGCCUGUCGCGAUGAUAUACUAAGCGAGGAGGAUAGUUCGGCGGUAACAAGACAACAAACAGAAAUUCGUGUAGGAUCCUUUAUAGGAGCAUUUACUUCAAUUGUAAAGGCUUUGGCCUCCAGAGGGGUUAACCUCAAUGAAUUUGGCACGGCUGCCGCCAUUUUAACAAACGCUAAAGAAGCCGUCAAUAAAGUAGCCAAAAUAUGUUUCGAUGUGAUACCUAUGUUAAGUGAAGAGACUGUGGUCAAUUUAAAUGAGUUCUACUGCAUGAUUCUUUUGUACGACAGAGGUGUUGAGAAUUUAAAUGCUUUUGAAAGCAUAAUCCAGCUGCAACUGAAACAUUUGCCGGUCUUCAAUGCUAACCAGCAGUCGAGUUUCCUUUAUAUGGUUUUAAAUAUUGUUAGACAAUAUCGCACCCAGCUGCCUCUAAGCUUCAUUACUCUUAUCAUGGGCACCGAUUGCCAAGUAUUACAAGAUAUUAAACUAAGUUGUGGUUUGAAAACAAGUAAAUUAUUAAUGAAAAUCUAUCAUGAAAUGUUAAUUAUAAAAAAUGUGCCAUUGCUGCAAGAAGGCUAUCGCCAUAUCCUGGAAGAUGUAAAUAAAACAGUGGCCAAAUUAAAUACCAUAGAGGGUACUGCGGAUUCCAUGAUGAGAUGUGAAAUGUUAUUAAAUUUCUACUUGGCUGGCUUAACCGCACUGGCUUGUCAGACAUCUUCAAUUAUAGGCAUGUAUGCUUUAAAGCCUUCAAUUUUGGAAUUACUUAUCAAGAAUUGCCAGGGCUCAAAUUUCUCGUUAUGGAGUAAAUAUCCCACUUUACACCAGGCCUUGUUGGAAUUAAUCAUAGAUCAUUGUAUGAAGAAUCACAAUUUUCGCCAGUCGUCACGUUUGCUGAAACAACAUCAAGACUCACCUUCUUCUGAAAAUUUUGCCAUGAUUUUAAAAUUCCUAGCCGAAUUAUUAAAGUGGCAUAGUUCAGAGAAAAUAUUUAAAUGGCUGGAAAAUAUUUUACAAGAAUGCUUGGAAGACUUUGAAAUAUUAAUACAAAACAAGUAUUUUAUGCAGAUAUGCGAUAAUAUAACAUUGGCAGCUGUCAAACAGCCGCUUAUAUGCUCAACUAUAAUAGAAUCGUUGCUCACAUAUCCAAAGGUCCCUGAUCAGAUAUUGUCCAAUAUCAGAGAUAUUGCUCUGUGCAUCACAGAAAGUUCAGAUAAAAAAUUGGCUGCAGCUUAUUGCAAAAUUCUGGCACAAUUACCUUUGGAUAUUUGUCUAAGACCCAACUAUGACAAACAGUUUUAUGCCAAAAACAAAGAGAAGAUUUGCACUCUAUACCAAUGGCACAAAGCGUCCGCUUGCUUUAAUGGCCUACGGCCAAAAUAUUUCAAAUCAUUCUUGGAGUCUUUGGAUCCCAAUGCUCAUUCAAAUAGUUCACUUUAUCCUUCGUUUAUCGAAAAGAGUUCAUGCAAUUUGCAGCGUGAACAUUUUGUAGAAUAUUUAAAGGCUUUGAAGGACAAUCAUCAAUUGUUGUCAUAUCACUUGCAGUAUGAGGCAGCCCGUUAUUGUGUGCAACAAAAAUUGCGCACUACUUUGGGAAAACCUCAAGAAACUUUCCUCGGCAUUGAGGGAGUGGUUAUGAAAUAUGCUCGCUUUUUGGCAGAAAAGGAGGGUUUGCCUUUGUCGUAUAAAAAUUUACAAAAUAUCAUACAGGUGCAAGAAAAUUGUCGCAUGCUUUUGGGCUUUCUCGAGUGCUUGGAAAAGCAUAUUUACAAUGCCGCCGAGGGCACUGCCUAUGCCAUGUUACCAGCUGAAAAGCCGGCAAAAACAUUUUUUCGCGUUAAUGCCUCGACUUGCAGGGAGUGGUUUAAACGCAUCCGCACCGCAGUCAAUUUGAUAUCAAUACAUUGCAUGGAACCAGAAAUGGUCAUACGAUAUUCUGAGAAUAUUUUGCAAAUUGAAGCAAAUCACAGCAAUCUAGCUCUACUCGAUCGUACCGUGACCUCUUUGGUGUGGGCUCUCUAUAAUUGCGGUGAAUCCGAUACUCUGUAUGGCUUAACAACCUGGUUAAAAUCUAAACAUGGCAAACGUUUCGAAUGGAUACAAUAUGUAGCAGAACAAGCAAGUGGACAUUUGGAAAAGGCUGCAACUGGUUACCUAUAUACACUACAUGAUGAAAAUAACAAGUCUAUGGACUCGUACAUGAAGGAGUUCAUACAAAAACAACUAACAGAGUGUUUCUAUCACACAGCCCGUUGGUCGGAGAUUCCGGCUAUAACACAGGAAACCAUUUAUUCAAAACAACAUCUACAAAUCAUGGAGAAUGUCUAUCAGUCGGUGGGUUAUGAACAGUACAACAGCUGGCAACAUCAGGAAUUAACCACAGCCCUAGUAGAUUUAACCGAAUGGCCUGAAGAGUUAGCAAACAGUGAGAAAAAUAUAAAUAGUUUCACCCCCAAAUUGGAAACCUACUCGUAUUAUGAGGUUUUAAGAAAAUUACAAGAUUCUUGUAUAAUAAACGCCAACUCAAGGGACGUAAAGAAGGGCGUUUAUGACUCCGUGAGAAACUGUGUGCAACAGGGUAUACGAGAAGGUUUAUUGCGCAGUUACGAACCUGGAUUCAACAACAAUCAACUAAAUGAAUUAAUGGUUAUUAACCACAUUUCACAAAAGUUGCACAAUCAAGAAGAUAUUAUUAUUUCUACUAAAGAGAAUUGUCUAGAUACAAAAAUGUCUUCCCUUUUAUUAAGCAAAUGUUUGUAUUGGUCUUUGAUAAAGGGCCAACAGAAAAGCAAACCACAAUACGAUCUUUUGUUACAUUUAUCUUCUAAAGCUCGUCUAGAAAACAAUCUAAAUUACUGCCAAUCCUUGCUCAGCCAAUUCUUUAAAUUGAAACACAUUAAUUUGCCCCUCAAUGAAAUUGCUCAACAGUUGAAAACAAAUCAAUUGAAUAUUGACUAUAAUGAUAUAGUUUUAGUACAAGGUGUAGAGGAAUUGGUCAAGUGUCUACAAGCUCAAACCACUUCAAUAUCAGAGGCUUUAGAAUUGGGUUCGGCUUGUUGUUCAGAAAUUAUACAAUUGAAAGAUAAAACUGAAACAUACUCUUAUCCCGACUCUAUAUCAAAUCUGCUCUUAACCAUGGCUGAUUGGUUGACCAUACAUCGUUUAAAUAACACCAAUCUCACAAAUGGUCAACAAUUUCAAAAAUUACAAAACCAAUUGCCCGAAAUAGCCUGCUGUUCUCAUUCGGACAGCUCUAAAACGAAUGUGUUACCUUCUUCGGAAUAUUCGGUGGGUAAAUUAUUAAAUGCUAGCAUCAUGUGUAAACAGAAUUCAGGAGAAGCUUGGUUUUCCUACGGCAACUGGUGUUAUCGUUGGGGUAAAAAACUCAUGGAGACCAAAGGUUCGGACCAAUCAUCAUCUGUCUCUGUUAAUGACCUUAAAGACAUUAAACUUACUAAGCGAAAUGUUGCUGCUAUACAAGAUAUACUUAAAGAUAACUUUGAUGUCGAUUCCAUACAACAAAUUAUUGAUGUGCUAAAUAAGCAUAUUUUAAAUGCCAUGAAUUAUGACAACACCGAAGAUUUGGAUACAAAUACGAAUUCGGAAAAUACGACUGAAAUUUUGGAGCGUGAAUUGAAAAGUGUUUGUUCUCUUAAUGAGGAACAAUUAAAUGCUAUUCUAUCAAUAUGGCGUCAGGCACAGAAAGGUGUAUAUGGUUUUUACGAAGAAGCUACUAGAGCCUAUUUCAAAUAUCUGGCCAUUGAAAGUGAGAAUGUAGCCAAAAAAACGGAUGUUACAAUUUCAGAUAAUAACGAGGUGGAGGACUGUACUUUUGUUACAACAACGUUGCGGCUGUUGCGUUUGAUUGUUAAACAUGCCAUUGGAUUGCAGGAUGUUCUUGAGGAAGGUUUACGCAACACACCCCUAAGACCAUGGAAAGUGAUUGUUCCUCAGCUCUUCAGUAGACUUAAUCACCAUGAGCCCUAUGUGAGGCAAAGUUUAGCCGAAUUAUUAUGUCGUUUGGCCGUUAAUCAGCCUCAACUGAUAAUUUUUCCAGCUGUAGUAGGCGCCCAACAAGAACUAAAAUAUCGUAAUAAUGCCGACACCCAAGUACAGUUAAGCAACUGCUUUGGAACUCUCUUAAAUUCUCUAGCCGAACAAGCACCCGAAACGGUAUUACAAGUACAAUUAUUGGUAAAAGAACUAAGACGUAUUACCCUGUUAUGGGAUGAGCAUUGGAUACACAGUUUGUCACAACUGUAUGCGGAGUAUUCACCUCUUUAUAAUAAUCUUGAUGCUGAGUCGAAAAAAUCCAAUAAUUCUGAACUAAUGCAGGCCAAAUAUGAAGUGUUCAGACAGCAUUUGUUGGCAGACUUUAAACAAAUUACUGCUGUUACCGAAAAGGAACCAGAAACUAAUUAUGAACGCAGUUUCCAAGAACGUUUUGGUACAUAUAUCGAGGCCGUUUUAAAGGAAUUGCAUAAAAAUAUCGAGGAAUCUAAACCUUCGGAAUAUUGGCAAAAGAUAAAACAAUUGUAUAGUGUAUUCCAACAAAGACCUUUAAGGGGUAACUCUUCAACGCUACGCAUAUCCGAAAUUAGUCCAGUUUUGUCAAAUAUGCACAAUACAACUAUAGCUAUGCCCGGUGUUGAUACCUAUGAACAGCCGGCUGUCUAUAUAAAAUCUGUAGAUCUCACGGCUUUAAUAUUUAUUUCCACCAAAACUAAACCUAAAAAACUUUCCUUCUAUGGCAGUAAUGGUCAGCGCUAUACGUACCUGUUUAAGGGACAAGAAGAUUUACACUUGGACGAGCGUAUUAUGCAAUUCCUAUCCAUAUCCAAUUCCAUGAUGGCACGUUCUUAUGGCUCCAAGGCAAAAACAGAUUGUUUUAAGGCCAAUCACUAUUCAGUGAUACCUUUAGGCUCACGUUCAGGUCUAAUAAGAUGGGUGGACAAUUGCUCUCCCCUGUUCGCCAUAUACAAGAAAUGGCAACAGCGUGAUGCUUUGCUUAAGCAACAGCAAAAAGAACGCCAGUCAUCGGCUAAGGCACAAGAACAAAUACAACAAAGCCCAGUGGCGGCCAAUGCCACAAGACCCUCUGAAUUGUUUUACAAUAAACUAACCCCUCUGCUGGCUGAAUGCAAUCUCAAAGUUACCGAUCCACGGCGACAAUGGCCCAUGGGUGUUUUGAAACGUGUCCUCAAAGAACUUUCCAACGAAACACCUAAAGAUUUAUUAUCCAAGGAAAUUUGGUGUUACUCUGCCAAUUCUGUGGAAUGGCGUAAGUCAGUGCGUCGUUAUUCUAUGUCAUUGGCGGUCAUGUCUAUUAUUGGCUACGUCAUUGGUUUGGGAGAUCGUCAUUUGGACAAUGUGCUUAUUAAAUUGGCUACAGGAGAAAUUCUGCACAUCGAUUAUAGUGUUUGUUUUGAGAAAGGUAAAACUUUGCGCGUUCCGGAAAAGGUGCCCUUCCGCAUGACUCAAAAUCUAAAGGAUGCCUUAGGCUUGGUGGGAACAGAGGGAGCAUUCCGUUUGGCCUGCACUCAUGUUCUUAAAAUAUUGCGCAAAGAACGAGAAACAUUAUUGACAUUAUUGGAGGCUUUUGUAUACGAUCCCUUGGUUGAUUGGACUGUAAGUGAUGAUGGUACUACCACGGUUUCAAGGAGGACAUCUGCUCAUAGUGCGGCAAAUAUAAUAGCAUCACUGGAUACCACUACAUCGGCACAACUUUUAAGUCCUAAGAGUAUAUAUAACAAUAGAAAACAGGAAGUGGAUUUAUCUAGGCAAUCGAUGGCCUUAAGAAUAACAGAAAUUAAGCCAACCUGGAUCAAAUAUAAGAACGAUUUCGAUUUCCAGCUAAAUGAUUUGCACUCACAUCUACAAAAUGUCUUAGACUAUCGCAAACAAAUUUUACAAUUGGAACAGGAGCGCGAUAAUUUCACCAAACAACAAGCAAUGGUCAGAGAAUUAGAAGCCCUAGGUUCGGCACAAGCCAGCCAUGCAUUCAUUCAACGUUAUAAUGUCUAUAAACAUGAUUUAGAGAACUUUAACAAAAUUAAAUCGAUGGUACAGAAAACUGUUAACGAACUCGAUUUGUUGUUAUUAACAUAUUUUAAUAUCGUAUCGAAUCCCGAGGCAAUGCAUAACAUUGAAGUAAAUCCAAAGGGAAAUGAUAUUGUCGAUCAUAAUGGAAGUGAAUUUGAUAUUAUUAAAGAAUUGCUGAUCGACAACAAUUGGAAUAACGUCUAUGUGCAGGCAAAGUUUAACAGACACGAUAUGGAAAACACAUUCAUACAAACUCAACGUUCGGCUUUGGAGUGCCGCGAUCUAUUAACCUUUUACAGUCGUGUUAUGCAAUUUUAUCCACGUUCACAAUUGCAACAUUAUCGUUUAAUGAAAUACAAGAGGAAUUUUAUCAACUUAAUGGGAAUUGAGGACAAAUCAAAUGAUGUAGUUGCAGUGCAGGCUAAGCGUAAUAUUGAACAUUGCUGUCAAUAUUUUGAGUGCAUGAAAAUGAUUUCGCUGGAUUUACAAAAGAACAUAGUUCAGUCUAAACAAAGUUUGGAAGAAAACAAACAGCAACCGAUCAUUGACAGUUCACUUGCAUUAAAUUCCAUCAAUGAAUUUGUUUCGCUAAAUCCAUCAUAUAACAACCAAAUUCUUAUAAUAUGUAUGCUACGUCACAUCUUGCAAGCAUCACAAGUUUUCCAAAUCCAUGAACAAACUCUAAAGCAAAAUCGUGACUACUUUUUGCCAAACAAACAACUUAGUUUUCUUCAACUAAUAAACACCUUUAUCGGCUCAAUAUAUACCACCUACAAUAAUCCGCUACCCAACAAUGAAAUCCUGCAUUUGCUUAUAACGGCCCUGGAAUCCAUAUGCUAUCUAAGAGAAAUCAUGGAAUCAGUAAUUCCCAAGCUAUUUAGUAUUUUUAUGAUGGACGAUAAUGUAGAACUGCAAAAUGUAUUGAAUAAUUUUGGAAGUGGCAUGAAUAAUGCUGUUUUGGAAAACCAUGCACCAUUAAAAGAUAUAAUAAAUAGUAUUGAUGCAGCGGUGGAAAAAUUGGAAAUGUCUCUGAAAAUGUUGCAAGAUAAAUUAUUGUAUAUACAAGAAUGCCACAGGGGUACAACAAAUGAUCUGCUAGAGUUGACUUCUUGGAACAUAAAUAUCAGCAAUAUUACACAAAAGCUACGCACUGAUUUGAAGAUAACUUUAGUUGGAAAUCUGAAACAUAGUGUUGAAUCAUUUAAAAUAAAUAAUAUCAAUAACAUUUAUGAUAUACGUAAAAUACGAUAUGCAAUUGAUGACCUAGUGUUUGGUAUACAAUCAACACUCUUUGAAGGUUUAUUAUCGUACGCCAUUCAGAACAUAAAUCACAAUAUAAAAAGCACUCUAAUUCCUUUGGAAACAUUUAAUGAGAUUGAUUUAUCGAAUGCCGAUUUAUUGUGUGGAAAUCUGUAUGUUGCUUUACAGCACGAAUCAUUAAAAUUGAGUGAUGAUUUUGUGGUAGUACAUCAUUCGAAAUUGCUGGAGGAAUAUCAAUUGAUAACCACAGCCUAUUAUUGGUUAAAUGAACAACACUUGAAGGAUGUAACAGAUGCACAUACAUUCGUUACGAGCAAGCAUGAAUUUUUAACCAGACUUCAAGUAAUCUAUCAAGUUUUAGUAGUGUGGAAGUCAACAAUGUUAAAAAUACAGUCUGAUUUGGAGUUGCAUCGUCACUCGUUUAAAGAUCUCAUACAAUCAUUGACAUCUAGUGCAGAUUUGAUUGUAAAACAACAACAAUUUGAUGAAGCCAUCAAUUUCAUCAAUCAACGCUAUAAAUUCUUUUUAAAUUUGUGCAUAACUUUGUCAGAAUAUGCCGCAGUACUGUUGCAAUUUGAAAUGUGUUCAGAUGAGCAGUCAUUUGAAAAUUUGGUAAAACUUUUUGCCGAUGUACGCCAGGAAUGGCUACAGAGUGAAUCAUCGAUAACAGCGGUGGAACGUAAUUUGGUACAGCUUUUAGAUCCUGAGGAUAAAAUAGAUCAAUAUUGGAUAGAAAAUGUUUCGGGCUUAUUAGACGAAAUGAUCUAUAGUGUACAGAAAAAAAUCAGUGAUAUGGAGAAAGAUGAUAAGUCCAUGCAAAAUAAUUUGCUGGCAGAUGGUCAACAAAUGCAGUCACUUUUGGAUUCAACGUUACGCUCGGAUUUACGACAGCUAUUGAAAAUGUUAACGAAAUUGUGCAAACAAACCACAAAAUCUGAUAAUGAAGAAUUGUGCCAAGAUCUGAGAGAUGUACAGCAAUCUUUAAAACUUUUGCAAACCAAACUCAAUGAGUUGCAAGCACAAUUGUUUUCCAGAGAAUUUGAUUCACAAUCCAUACUACAAAUGCAGGACAAAAUUACAGAAUUACAUGAUUUAUGUCAUAGAAAUAAUGACGAUUUAAAUGGAUUAUUAGCACGUUUUCUGCAAAUUGAUAAUGAACGUGAACAACAAGGAAGUGAGUCGCCAAAUAAAACAAUAUCACAGAAUGAUCUUGUCAAUAAAGAAGUUAUCAACAGUCAAAUUGGCGAACAGAAACGUAAUGCUUAUGCUGUUUCAGUAUGGAAACGUAUUCGCAUGAAAUUGGAAGGUCGAGAUCCCGAUCAUAAUCGCCGCAGCUCUGUUGCCGAACAGGUGGACUAUGUAAUACGCGAAGCUACUAGUGAAGAGAAUCUAGCUUCGUUAUAUGAAGGUUGGACUCCGUGGGUGUAGUUUGUUACGGGCAACGGCUCCCAUCGGCAAGGAGCAUGGUUAAGGCUUUCGCAACAAAUAAAAUCAUAUUAAAUAGAAUUUAAAACCAAAAUGAUUCUCAGAACCACAACAACAUGCAACAUCAACAUCAAUCUACAAACAAAAAAGCCCGGUUAUUAGAACGACAACCACUAUAGGUUUUGUUUUGCAUUGCAGGUUAAAUACGUAACAUCUAGACAGCCGACCCUUUUAGUUGUCACUCAGUCAGUCAGUCCGCCAGUAGUAAUUUAAAACAAAUCUUCGACUCGCUUUGCAUUCGUUAUUGAAGAUGGCGUAGAACAUGUUAUCGAUGAUGAUGGUAAGGAUAAAUAAUAAAGUGAGAGAAAGGAAGCAGACAUGAAAGAAAGGCGGUGUGAUGUUGCUGUGUUAUGGUUGUGGACAUAUUUUUGGUGUGUGUGUGGUUGGACAGUGAAGUAUGCCUCUUAAUUUUUUUUUACUACCGAGUGUUUUUCAACAGUUUACUAUUUCAAAUAUAAAAAUCUAAAUACUUUUGUUUCCUUUAUCAACUACAAAUAUCUAUAACACGUAAAGAGUUCUUUAAUAUAUUUUCGGUAAAUUCUUUUUUAUGUUUAACCACCUUUAAUUGCUUAAUUUUAACAUUAUUUUUUUUUUAAUUAUAUUAAAAAUAAACCAUUGAGAAUAAAAUUGGAA